GAAAAGUUAUUGCUCUGCUCUGCGUCUGGUGUAGUAAAAAUGAAAGUUGAAUUAUGGUUAAAAAAAAAAAACCCAAAGACAGAGCAAAAAACAGAGGUCUCCGCCUACAACACAAGAAGGUAAAAACUCAGAGGCAAAAUAUCCCAACAAAUAAGCAGCAGCGUGUGCUCUUCACUCUCAUCUCCCAUGGCUACAACCAGCAGCUGCAGCAAUCCUUCUAUCAAUGGAUCAUCUCCAAUUACAAGAAUAGCCCAAGACCAUCUUUUCUCCAUAUUACUACUCUUACCUUUGGACUCAAUCUUUUGCUUUGCUAUGACUUGUAAGAAAUUCAGGUCUCUCACUUACUCUGACCCUUUUUGGGAAUCUCUUUGCCGUAGAGAUUGGGGUCAAUCUUCCAUUGAUGCACUCAGAUCCUUUGCUACUGACAGUAAUAAACAACAGCAAUUUCCAUGGAAGAAGCUGUACCAGCAAAUCUACCGAUUAGAUUCUGUCUACUGUAACAGACUCUUGACUACACAUCCACAAGGAGGAGAUGAAGAGAUGCUGCUUCCUCGGCCUAGAGCUUCUCAUUCUCUCAAUUUUGUCUCUGGCUGUUUAGUUCUCUUUGGUGGGGGUUGUGAGGGAGGAAAACAUCUGGACGAUACAUGGGUAGCUUAUGUUGGCAAUGACUUCAAGAGAAUAUUGAAGUGGAACAAGAUUGAAUCAGGGAUCCCAAGUGGCCGCUUUGGUCAUUCAUGUGUUGUGAUUGGUGAUUGUCUAGUCCUUUUUGGAGGAAUAAAUGAUCAUGGCGCCCGCCAAAAUGAUACAUGGGUCGGCCAGGUAGCGGUACAUGAUACAUUUGGUAUCACAUUGUCCUGGAGGCUACUUGAUGUCGGUUCCAUUGUGCCUCCGCCAAGAGGCGCUCAUGCUGCAUGUAGCAUUGAUAAAAGGAGGAUGCUGAUUCAAGGAGGGAUUGGUUUGAAUGGCCUGCGACUAGGAGAUACAUGGGUAUUAGAACUGUCCGAGAAUCUUCAUCUUGGAGUGUGGCAGGAAAUUGUGACUCAUCCGUCUCCACCAUCUCGCUCUGGGCAUACAUUGACCCAUGUUGGAGGAAACCAAACAAUUUUGUUUGGAGGGAGGGGUUUGGGAUAUGAGGUGCUAAAUGAUGUAUGGCUUUUUGAUACAUCUGAAGGUCACUGGAGAUGGGUACAGUUACUAUUUGACUUGCAAAAUAUACCCCAAGGAUUGGCCUUGCCAAGAGUUGGUCACUCAGCCAAUCUCAUCAUAGGUGGCCGACUAUUAAUCCACGGAGGAGAAGAUUCCUACAGACACAGAAAAGAUGACUUUUGGGUGUUGGAUAUCGGCUUAGUGACAUCCAUGAUGCAGUCUGGGACUCCUUCAAACUUGGAGCGAUCAAAGACUAAACUGUGGAGACGGCUCAAGUCCAAAGGUGAUAACCCUGGUGGCAGAUCAUUUCACCGAGCUUGUGUGGAUCCUUCAGGUCGUAACUUCUAUAUCUUUGGUGGUAUGGUAGAUGGUUCGCUUCAGCCUGCCGAAUCCUCUGGAUUGAGAUUUGAUGGAGAGUUGUUUCUUGUGGAGCUUGUGAUUCAGUGAUAGGAGAAUGGGCAGGAGAUUCCGAAAUGCUAAAUGCUUUACAUGACAAAUGCAUGUAAUGUAAAUAUCAGUCCCACUUGUAUCAGCUAGAGAUGUGGUGCUUUGUAUAGUAAAAGACAUAGAAGCUGGUAGUUUGGCCUUAGUAUUGGACCUAAAGAAUUGUCAAGGUAUGUUUCUGGUCUUCUUGAGGAAAAUAGAGCCAACCAAGUUGUGAUAGUACCUGUAAGUUUCUAGUUUAGGAGGGCAGAAUAGAUGAAAUUGAGUCCUGUAAACAGACUAGAUUUUGCUUUGAUUAUAUGAUUGCUCUCGCUCGGCUUCGGCUUCGUA